CGUUAUGGAUGAACUGGCAGUAGAAGAAUAGAAAAAAGCUGCUGCAAUUUUGAGAUGAUUUCAAGCUGUUUCCAAAUCGGCAAGUCCGAAUAUAUGCCAACUAGAGCGACUAUAAUAGUGGUCCAACCCUCCACCUGGCUGCGCUACCGUCGACCUAAUAACGGGGGUGCCUCGCAAGCGAAAGAGGGAUGAUUCAGCCAGUAGCAUGCCGCCUCUCGUAGCAUGAAUAUCGGGCAAGCUCUCAUUACAGAGAAAUCGUGACGGAAGUACGCAACACUCUUCACUGCUUACCUGACUUUUCAACUUCAUUAUACCAGUGAUCGAAGAUCGAGGAAAGAGUGAUCUUCCGUCGCGGGAACAUUUUAGAAAAAGAAAACGACACAUCAUUAGUAACUAGCAGUAGAGCAGAUACUAGAGCUAGAUACAUUAAUAUCCCACAACAACCGGGAAACCGCGACGUCGAUAACAAUGCUAGGCUCAGAACAACGGCAGUGAAAGAUGGUGGACAAGGAAGAGUUGAGGAUAACGAAGGCAAAGGCCCCACCACCACCGCUGAAUCUCAGCGAGGCGAUCGAGGAUGAAGUACUGAACCAAAAGACUGCUAGAAUUCUUAAGAAUGAUCUUCUUCUACACGAAGCUGUGAUAAAAAACGAAGCGGACACCGUUCGUAAAGUACUCAAGGAGACUGUCGACGUAGAUUCCAGGAAUAAUUAUGGUCGCGCUCCGAUUCAUUGGGCAGCGUCUCGAGGAAACACAGAAAUUAUAGAGAUGUUGAUACAAGCAAAAUGUGAUAUCGAAGCGAGAGAUAAGUAUGGAAUGCGACCUUUACAUAUGGCCGCCCAACACGGACACCGAGACGCGGUGAAGAUGCUGAUCAAUGCCGGAGCAAACGUAUCUGCGAUUAACAAGAAACAACACACUCUCUUAAUGUGCGGUGCUCGCGGCAGCAACGUAGCCGUGGUGGAAUACCUCGCCGAAGCAGUGGAGUCGUUAAACGGUGAGGCCAUCGACUGCACCGGGGCGACUGCCCUUCAUCAUGCAGCCAUCACCGGACAUCCCGCGGUAAUCACAGCGCUUGCAAACAUCCCGCAGAUCGUGCUGGACGCCACGGACAAGAAAGGACAAACGCCGUUACACUGUGCCUGCGCCGAGGAACACUUGGAUGCGGUUGAAGUCCUUAUAGGAUUAGGGGCUAACGUAGAUGCUCAGGAUAACGACGGCAAUACCCCGCUUCAUGUAGCUACCAGAACGAGGCACACAGGGAUCGCGCAAUUAUUAUUAAAGGCCGGAGCGAACACCGAGCUAAUCGACGCGGAGGGCUUUACUCCCCUUCAUGUCGCCGCAAGUCAGGGGUGCAAAGGAAUACUCGACUCCAUGAUUCAGCACGGGGCUGAUCUUAACAAGCAGUGUAAGAAUGGUAAUACGCCUUUACAUUUGGCCUGUCAAAACAACGAAGUAGAAACGGUAGAGAUAUUAAUUAACAAAGGCGUCGAUCUCAAUUGUUUGAAUCUGAGGCUUCAAUCGUCCAUACAUAUUGCAGCCGAGAUGGGACAUACAGAUAUUUGCGAAUUGCUUCUUGCAGCAGGCGCGAAUAUCGAACAGAAAGAACAGAGCGGUCGAACGCCACUUUACAUUGCAGCGAGGGGCAGUUUCACGGCCAUCGUCGAUAUGAUCAUUAAGACCGCCAGAUUGGAUUAUCCGACGCCGGAGAUUUCGAAUUCUGACAAAGAAGUCCGAGAGCUGACUCCGGCCCGAAGGUGGUGGAGAGAAGGAUCGCGCGGUGGCAGCAUCUCCAGCAACAACGGCCGUCUCUCGGAACAGGUUCGAUCCAUUCUUUGGAAAUUGGCCUACAAGCAACUGGCGCCUGAAGAUUGGAAAAAAUUAGCCUUUCACUGGGCCUUUACUCCUGAACAGAUUAGAGCUAUCGAGCAUCAAUAUACGGUGCGUCUAGAACGGUCUUAUGAAAAGGACGAUAAAGCCUCAAUUAUAGGUCCUUCAAGUUACAAGGAGCACGGGUUUCGAAUGUUAAUGAUCUGGGCUACCGGAUUGAAUCCAGACGUGCCACUGAUAAAAGAACUCUGUGAAGCUUUAUCAGCGGUGGACAAGAAAGCAAUUGCAGAUUCCAUUCACAAACAAAUGGAGCAGGGAGAGGAAAAGGGAAAAUCGAAAGGGCAACGAUGUCACAAAUGUUCCAUCACGUGAAUAUAUAUGUACAAGUGCCAAGCUCAUACAAAAAUUUUACAUAAACAUAAAAGCGUAAUGAAUGGAUAUUGUAAUUUACGUAAUAGCUGUUGUUGGAAGCUUACCUGUAUUGUGGAGUUCAAUUAACUUGGCGAACGCCAUUAACGAAGAAUUUACGAGAAAGAUAAGUACAAUCGAAAAAGUACAUACGAUGUUGUAUAAAUACUUCUCGUAAAAUGAUGCAAUAUGACGUAAAUUCUUAGGUAACACUAAUAACAAAUUAUAAUUUAUGGCACAAGUGUAGACUAAAUGGCCCAAUUAUUGGCAGUCCGAAUACUGGAAACCCGAUCUUUAAUAUUUUAAUAUUUAUUGUAAUAUUUCAUUAAAAGUAAAAUUUUACUCUUUCAAAAAAACAAUUUGUUAUAUCAACUUUUUCCCGCGAGCAGUAAAAAUAUCCCCCAGAGAUAACAAUAAUUGGAUCAUUUAUUCUAGUUAUCACUAUUUAAAAAAAAAAUAAGAAUUUCUUUGUAAAAAUAUUAGAUAUGUAAUUCUAUAGUUUAUAUUAAUAGACGCAAAUUUUUCAGUCAAAAUUUAAUCUUUAAACUCAAUGUAAGACUCGUGGAUGGGAUUAAUCUGUCGGUGUUAUUGUAUAAAGAAUCAUACGAUUUGAAAUCCGAAAGAAAACAAAAUUCAUAAUAAAUUAUUUCUUAAUUUUUUGGACCAAGUGGAAUGCAUAUUAUUCCGUCAUAUUUAGGAAAAGUUGAUUAAAACUACAAAUACGUACAACAGCUUUAUUUAUUUUAGAAUAAAAAGAAAUUUAUAGACCUGCUACAUUGUUUGGGUUAAACAAUAUCAUUCAUGCGACAACAGUGAAAAAGGUACUUGAAUUAUAUAAAAUAAUACAUGCAAAAAGAAAGGGGAUACUUAAAUGGAGUAUUGAACAAUUAUACGAAACCAAGCCGUCCUAAGCUAAACUUAAUUCAAACAGACUAUCAUGAUUCUUUUACUUUAUCGAUUUUUUUAUAGAGAAAUGCCUCCGUAACUUGUAGAAACAAAAGUACAAUUAGUACAUACACAGAAGUCAUCGAAAAAAUGGUACAAUUGUAAAAUCAAACUAACAAUCGAACGUAGACUCUUCGAAAUAAAAUUAAUAACGCAUAGAAUAAGUGUGAGAAUAAAUUUUGCAGGGCUUUCGAUGUGAUAUCAGUUUAUUAGAUUAGAUCUCGAAUUAAAAAAGUAUAUGAAAUCAAUAGCGAUUAUCGCGCACAGUUCUCGAGAGAGACAAUCUACAUAUCUGAAACUUACAAAUUUAGACUAACAAUAAUACAAAUGAUAUUAUACGUAAUUUUAUCCCAUAUUUCACAAAAUUAUAUAAAAUGCAAAAUUGAAAAAUUAAAAAUAAAAUUUUUGAUUACAUGAAAUCAAAUAUGUAAUAAUAAAUUUUUGAGUGAGAGAGAAGCAAAUCAUUUCUUCUCUAUCACAUUUAGCUUAUAUAAUUUUAUAACGAUGAUGAACUACUUGAUUAAAAGAUAUCGUGAAUAAUUAAAUGCAAAAAUACUCUUUCUGCAUUUUAUCCGUACUUGCAAUUUUUUUCGUGUAAUUACGAUAAUUGUUAACGAAGCGAUAAUACGAAAGCUAACAUAUAUAAGUAAAUACUUACCGCAUAAAUUAAAAAAAAUCAUUUCCGAAGCUGCUUUCUGAAAGUACGAUUUUACAACAAUGUACAUAUCUUGUCUUGAUGUAAUAAAUCGUUGUAUUCUAUAUAUUCUAUAUAUCGUCGUAUAUAUUGUGUUGUAAACAUCAUAUAAUUAUACGAUAUAUACAUGAAGAAUAA